AUGACGGAGUUUGCAGUUGUUGAAUUUGUCGACGGUGUUCAAUUAGUACCCAAACUUUGGUUACAAGAAGAUAACACUUGUUAUUGGCCAAAAUUACAGAACCAGUCUAAAUACUAUAAAUUAGUUGUAAAUAAAGAGCCGUAUAAUUUGCAAUGGGAAAAAUACAAUAUCAUUUCAGUUCUAGCAGAAACUGAUACGUUUCGGAAAGGACUCGCAAAAUUAAAAGAAUCCGAAAUCUUUACUGACAUUAAUACAUAUAUCGAUGAAAUAACUGGGAGAAAGAAGAGAAAAAGAAUCCAAAAAGGAAUUACUUCUUCUAGUGAUGAAAAUUGCGACGAUGAUAUAGAAAUAGAAAAAUUUCCUUACAAUAAGCCCUACAAUAAGCGACCUAUUAUUCUGACUUUUAUUGUACUACCCGUAUCUACACAUUUUUCAUCACUAAGGAGUCAUCAAUCUUCUUCAAAACCUCGAUGCUAUGAAGCAAUAAAAAAGUACGGAGGUGAAAGUAUUACACAAUUAAAAACACUGAUAGCAAAAUCAAACAAUUUUAUAAACAGAUGCUUCGCUGAAACAAAAAUAGAUAUUCAUAAAAUAUUAGAAAACCAAGAAAAUAUUUUAGUUCGACUCUCUGCGCUGGAAGGCUGUAAUUUUGCUUCUAUUAUACAUAAUAACUAUGUUUCAUCUUUUCCUUUAAAAAAAUGAAGAUGAUCUACAAGAUUUAGAAGAUAAUCUUCUUCUACAAGAUUUUCGAUUUGCUUGAUAGAGCAGCUGAAAAAAAUAGGAGACCGUAAUGCCAAGGACACCGUUUAUAAUUUGAUGAAAGAAGUAUUUACUAGUGAUUUAGCAGCACGAUUUUUAUGGCUUGGUCUUAAAAAGAAAAAGAAGUUAUGUACUCUUCGUCUGUCAAAUAUUCUUAUAGAAGUCGUCCAUUUGAACCACACCAUCU